CUUAAUGUCUGGGCUAGCAGCCCUGGAUGCCAAGACUUCCAGUCGAUUAGGUAUCAUAACCGUCACUUACUACCUGUGGACAACAUUUGUGGCUGUGAUUGUGGGAAUAAUUAUGGUCUCCAUUAUCCAUCCUGGUGGAGCGGCACAGAAGGAGAGCACUGAAGAGGGCGGAAAGCCCAUCAUGAGCUCUGCAGAUGCACUGCUUGACUUAAUCCGGAACAUGUUUCCAGCCAAUCUUGUUGAGGCCACAUUCAAGCAGUAUCGCACCAAGAGUAUUCCCAUCAUUAAAUCUAACAAAGCAUCAUCUGAAAGCACCACUCGACGCAUUAUAAUAUAUGGAGUCCAGGAUGAGAAUGGAUCCAAUGUCCAGAAUUUUGCCUUGGAUAUCACUCCCCCUCCUGAAGUGAUUUACAAGUCAGAACCAGGCACUAGUGACGGCAUGAAUGUGCUAGGGAUUGUGAUAUUCUCUGCCACAAUGGGUAUAAUGUUGGGAAGAAUGGGGAACAGUGGCGUUCCUUUGGUCAGCUUUUGCCAGUGUUUAAACGAAUCUGUCAUGAAGAUAGUGGCAGUUGCUGUUUGGUAUUUUCCAUUUGGAAUUGUGUUCCUAAUUGCUGGUAAAAUCUUAGAAAUGGAUGACCCUUCAGCCAUUGGGAAGAAACUGGGUUUCUAUGCCAUUACUGUGGUUUGCGGCCUAGUGGUGCAUGGGCUGUUCAUUCUGCCAAUGAUGUACUUCUUUAUCACCAAGAAGAAUCCCAUUGUCUUCAUCAGAGGGAUUCUUCAAGCCUUGCUCAUUGCUCUGGCCACGUCCUCCAGCUCAGCCACACUGCCUAUCACUUUCAAGUGCUUGUUGGAGAAUAACCAUGUAGACAGGAGGAUUGCGAGGUUUGUGCUGCCUGUGGGAGCCACCAUCAACAUGGAUGGGACAGCACUCUAUGAGGCGGUGGCUGCCAUCUUUAUUGCUCAAGUAAACAACUAUGAGCUGGACUUUGGGCAGAUUAUCACUAUAAGUAUCACAGCAACAGCUGCAAGCAUAGGUGCUGCAGGUAUUCCGCAAGCUGGCCUGGUGACAAUGGUCAUUGUUCUGACCUCAGUUGGGCUCCCAACAGACGACAUCACAUUGAUUAUUGCCGUCGACUGGGCACUAGACAGGUUUAGAACAAUGAUCAAUGUCCUGGGAGACGCGCUGGCUGCUGGGAUCAUGGCCCACAUCUGCCGGAAGGAGUUCAUCAAGGACAGUGAUGAGGUGCCAUUGAUCUGUGAAACUAAGCCUAUUAACAUCCAUCAGAUUGUGGCUUACCAGAGAAAUGGCUGUGUGAAGACCAUGAAUGAAUCUCGUGGACCAGAAACAGUGAAAGGGUUUCAGCACCACAUACCCGUACAAGUGGAGCAAGAAGAAAGUCCAGUGGAGAAUCACACUAAGAAAUCCAACAGUAAAGACCACUGCACUAUUGAAAUAAAUGAACUAGAAACAAAUGUGUAA